GCACUUACUUACCUUUUCUGACCAACUUCAUCACUCCACCUUCUCUCUCAUCCAUGUAACGGUCAGCAAAAUCACUCAAAUUGCCAAAUUGAACACACCCCUCUAAUAAAUUUUCAAUUUUUACAAAAGGGUCGAUCAAAUCUUCACAUUUAUCCACACCCACCUUCGUUUUCCCCCAAAAUCUUGAACAAAAUGGAUCGUGGGUCGACCUCAGAAUCCACAAACAAACAAAAGGGUAAAAAGUUAAGAUCCAAAAUCGAACCUUUUGUGCCCCAAGGUGACCACAAUGCCAGAGAUUUGAGAUCUUGGGCUAAAAGAACCGGUUUUGUUUCCAUAUUUUCUGGUGAAGUUGGAAGUUCUAGUGUUAGAGAUAGGAGUGGCCCACAUGGGGUUGAUUUGGAAAGUGGCGGCGGCGGUGGUGGUGGUGGGUUGGAGAAGAGUGAAGUUGAACCGGUUGUGGGGAGGGGUGUGAACCGGAGAGUUGAGAUUGGACCGGAGUUGAACCGGGAUAGGGUGGAGAAUGAGGCUGAACCCAUUUUAUCUGAUCAUGUUGAACCGGAGUUGAACCGGGAAAGGAGAAAUGGGGUAUUUGAAACUAGUGGUGGUGGUGAUAAGGAGGUGGUUGAUGUGAAGUAUCCUGGUGGUGGUGGUGAUGGGGAGGAAAGUUUGCCUGAGAUGAAGUGUGGAGUUAGAGAUAAUCCUGGUUUAGUACCUCUCUUGUAUUAUGGUAUGCAGCAUUACCUCUCACUUGCGGGUUCACUGAUUUUCGUCCCGUUGAUCAUUGUCCCCGCUAUGGGUGGCACCGACAAGGACACCGCCACUGUAAUCUCCACAAUAAUGCUAGUUUCUGGUUUAACCACAAUCUUGCACUCGUACUUUGGGACGCGGUUACCAUUAGUUCAAGGGAGUUCAUUUGUGUUUUUGGCUCCGGCUUUAGUUAUCAUUAACGCUCAUGAGUACCGAAAUCUUAGUGAAAACAAAUUUCGACACAUAAUGAGGGAACUACAAGGGGCUAUAAUUGUUAGUUCAAUCUUUCAAUGCGUUAUUGGAUUCAGCGGUUUAAUGUCGUUGCUCCUAAGGUUGAUAAAUCCGGUUGUGGUUGCACCGACUAUCGGAGCCGUGGGUUUGGCAUUUUUCAGUUACGGUUUUCCUCAAGCCGGUACUUGUGUUGAGAUCAGCGUUCCUCAGAUAUUAUUGGUGCUUGUAUUUUCUCUGCACCUUCGGGGAGUAUCUAUUCUUGGAAAUCGAGUAUUUCAUAUAUACGCGGUCCCUUUGAGCGUUGUGAUUGUAUGGGUGUACGCGUUUUUCUUGACAGCUGGCGGCGCAUACAACUACAAAGGAUGUAGCCCAGACAUACCUAUCUCCAAUAUGUUAACCGAUUCUUGUAUCAAACACGCGUAUACAAUGAAGCAUUGCAGGACCGAUGCAUCUAAUGCAUGGGACACUGCUGAUUGGAUUAGGAUACCUUACCCUUUGCAAUGGGGUAUCCCCGUCUUUCAUCUAAGAACCUCCAUUAUCAUGAUUGUCGUAUCCUUGGUGGCCUCAGUUGACUCGGUUGGAACGUAUUACUCGACAUCAAUGCAUAUUAAUGCGAAGCCUCCAACACGGGGUAUCGUAAGUAGAGGAAUUGGUUUGGAAGGCAUGUGUAGUGUACUGGCUGGGCUAUGGGGAACGGGAGGCGGGUCAACGACUUUGACCGAAAACGCACACACCGUUGCCAUCACAAAGAUAGCUAGUAGAAGGGCAGUGGAGGUGGGUGCGGUUAUCUUGAUCGUCUUCUCUUUCGUAGGUAAAGUGGGGGCGAUUCUUGCUUCUAUACCGCAAGCAUUGGCUGCUUCUUUGUUGUGUUUUGUGUGGGCCUUAGUUGUGGCAUUAGGGCUCUCGACAUUGCGGUAUACUCACACAUCAAGCUUCAGAAAUAUCAUGAUAGUUGGUGUAUCCCUGUUUCUAGGGUUAUCCUUACCCACGUAUUUUCAACAGUAUCAACCCGAAACCGCCUUAAUUCUUCCCGGUUACUUCAUUCCUUACUCGGCAGCACAAGAUGGGCCAAUUCACUCUGGAAAUAAACAGUUUGAUUUUAUAAUGAACGCGCUGCUAUCAAUGAACAUGGUGGUGACACUCUUGGUGGCGACAAUACUAGACAACACCGUACCGGGCAGUCAACAGGAACGGGGCGUGUACCAUUGGUCAACCUCUGAUGACCUGUCAGCAGAUCCAUCUUCCCUCAAUGACUAUAAAUUACCAAGCAAAGUUUCUCGCGUUUUCAGAUGGGCAAAGUGUUUGGAUGCAUGACCUUACAUAGUCAAUUGUCAAUUUUGCGCGUGCCACCUCAGCAUAAGCCCACAUCUCGAACAGGUGGAUGGAUACAUGUAUACAGAAUAUGUAAGUUUGUUUACGAUUGGUUAUGCUGGUAGGCUAAUUCUUUGAUAGAUAUGAUUGUAAUUGUGCUACUUCAUAUAUAGAACAUCAAGAAACUCCAUUUAUCUGUUUUAGGAUCAAUAUAGUGGACACAUUGUUCUUCAGAUGGUGAUUUAACCAAUGUAGCUGAUUUAAGUUUGUCUGAUAAAUCCAACUUACCUUUAUUCUGCUCAA